UCAAGGAGUGAGAGAGUUGCGUCCCGUGUAGUAUAAAGUGUUACGACAGGGACGGGGACAAAGAUGAAUGAGAACCAUAGCCAAGUACAAACACAAUGUUACAGUCAUCACAUACACCUGGCUUUUUUUACCAACACUGAGCUCUACCAGGCAUUUGUUCGUCAAGCCUGCUUUAUUAUUUUCUUUCGUUGUCUUGCAAAAGCACAAGCUGGGACAUGGUCAGGUUAGUGAUGGCAUCAACCAUCACUUUGUGCUUGGCGAAGCUGUGUUCUACUCCACUUGUCACAGGUGGAAACUAUUUAAUCUUUCCCAUGCAUGUGAAUGUGCCUACACAGCCCAUCCAUUCAAAGCAUGAUCUCACGAAUCCAUCCUCAUUCACUUCCUUCCUUUCCUUCAGGUACCAAAAAAACAGAUCAGUCGAGCAGAAACGAUAACAACCAACUGACCCUUAGUCAACGCACAUUUACAUUAGCC